ACUUUGAAUGUUGGGACUAUGACAGGAAAAUCUCGGGAGUUGGUUGACAUGAUGAUUAGGAAAAAGGUUGAUAUAUUGUGUGUCCAGGAGACCAGGUGGAAAGGCAGUAAGGCUAGAAGUUUAGGGGCAGGGUUUAAAUUAUUUUACCAUGGUCUAGAUGGGAAGAGAAAUGGAGUCGGGGUUUUUUUAAAAGAAGAGUUGGCUAAGAAUGUCUCGGAGGUGAAAAGAGUAUCAGAUCGAGUGAUGAGGCUGAAAUUUGAAAUUGAGGGUGUUAUGUGUAAUGUGAUUAGUGGCUAUGCCCCACAGGUAGGAUGUGACCUAGAGGUGAAAGAGAAAUUCUGGAAGGAGCUAGAUGAUGUAGAAGUGAAGAAACGGGUCCAAGCAGGUUGGAACGGGUGGAGGAAGGUGUCAGGUGCGUUAUGUGACAGAAGAGUCUCUGCUAGGAUGAAGGGCAAAGUUUAUAAAACAGUGGUGAGGCCAGCCAUGAUGUAUGGAUUAGAGACAGUGGCACUGAAGAGAAAACAGGAAGCAGAGCUGGAGGUGGCGGAAAUGAAGAUGUUGAGGUUCGCUCUCGGAGUGACCAGGUUGGAUAAAAUUAGAAAUGAGCUCAUCAGAGGGACAGCCAAGGUUCGAUGUUUUGGAGACAAAGUUAGAGAGAGCAGACUUCAAUGGUUUGGACACGUCCAGAGGAGAGAGAGUGAGUAUAUUGGUAGAAGGAUGAUGAGGAUGGAGCUGCCAGGCAAGAGAGCUAGAGGAAGACCAAAGAGAAGGUUGAUGGAUGUCGUGAGGGAAGACAUGAUGGCAGUUGGUGUUCGAGAGGAGGAUGCAGGAGAUAGGCUCUCAUGGAAAAGGAUGACGCGCUGUGGCGACCCCUAACGGGACAAGCCGAAAGGAAAAGAAGAAGAAGAAGU